CUUUCUCUCUGUUCACGCCUUUUUUCAACUGGAUUCAAAAUCCCCCCUUCUCCGGCCCCAGCCAUAGCUCUCUAACGGAUACUUCUCUCGUCUCUCUCUCUCUCUUUCUCUCCGGCCAGUUCGCCGCCGUCAUUCUCCCCUCCGCUCUCUCCGUCGUCCGCAAUGAAGUCGACAAUGCAUCCUAGGAGCGCUAUCUUGAGGGAGAAUCACGAGGCCUUGGCGGCAUCUCCGAACCCUAGCUCUGUCAAGCAAUUGCCGAAAUGGUCCACGCCGCCGCUUCCAAAUUCCAGUAGCAGGAAACCGAGAUGGUCCAAGGAGAAUGCUCCGCCGCCUUCUCCAGAUCCGUACGCAUCACCUUCGGCCGGGGCUAAACUUAAGAGUCCGCUCCCUCCUCGGCCGCCUAACUCCAAUCCUCUGAAGCGGAAGCUUAUUGUGGAUUCGGCUGGGUCUGAGUCCUCCGUUCCUGGCUCUUCUGACUCUGGAGUCAAAGUUAUAGUUAGAAUGAGGCCACCAACUAAAGAUGAGGACGCGGGAGACAUGACAGUUCAGAAAACUUCUAGCAACUCUCUUUUGAUGUCUGGACAAAUUUUUACAUUUGACUCUGUGGUAGAUACUCAAUCGACACAGCUUGAUAUAUUUCAGCUUGUGGGAGAACCACUUGUCGAAAAUUGCCUAGCUGGGUUUAACAGCUCCGUCUUUGCCUAUGGACAAACUGGGAGUGGAAAGACAUAUACAAUAUGGGGACCAGCCAACGCCCUGUUGGAGGAUAAUCUAUCAAGUGAUCAACAAGGCUUGACACCACGUGUUUUCCAGCACCUUUUUACAAGAAUUGAACAGGAGCAAAUUAAGCACGCUGACAAAGAGCUCAAGUACCAGUGUCGCUGCUCUUUUCUUGAGAUUUACAAUGAACAAAUCACUGAUUUGUUGGAUCCAAACCCAAGAAACCUACAGAUACGAGAAGAUGUAAAAACAGGUGUUUAUGUUGAAAAUCUUACGGAGGAAUGUGUUUCUACUACGAAGGAUGUGAAACAUCUUUUGUUAAAGGGAUUAUCAAACAGGAGGACUGGAGCAACAAGUAUAAAUGCUGAGAGUUCCCGUUCACAUAGUGUAUUUACAUGUGUGGUUGAAUCACGAUGCAAGAGCAAGGCGGAUGGAUUAUGCAGCCGGAAGACAAGCAGAAUAAAUCUUGUUGAUCUUGCUGGAUCUGAGCGUCAAAAGCUUACUGGUGCAGCUGGAGAGAGAUUGAAGGAAGCAGGGAACAUCAAUCGAUCUCUUUCACAACUCGGGAACUUAAUAAACAUUCUUGCGGAAGUUUCACAAACAGGGAAGCCAAGGCACAUUCCCUAUAGAGAUUCCAAGUUGACAUUUUUAUUACAGGAAUCACUAGGCGGGAAUGCAAAACUGGCAAUGAUCUGUGCCAUUUCUCCGGCACAAAGCUGUAAGAAUGAGACUUUUAGCACCCUGAGAUUUGCCCAGCGUGCGAAGGCAAUAAAGAAUAAGGCAGUUGUCAAUGAAGAAAUGCAGGAUGAUGUUAAUUUCUUGAGAGAUGUUAUACGGCAACUUAAGGAUGAACUAGUUCAAAUGAAGGCAAAUCAAAGAGAUCAAAAUGGUAACUACUCUACUGGAUGGAAUGCCCGGAGAAGCCUAAACCUUUUGAAAUUCAGCCUUAAUCGAUCAGCAGCAUUACCUUUUUUAGAUGAUGAUGGUGAUACACUGAUGGAAAUUGUUGAAGAAGCUGAAAGACGGGAUCUUGAGCUCAAUACAGGAAAUGUUGAAACAGGGAAUGCAGUUCCUGAAGAAAUAUCUCAUGAAGAAAUAGAUACAGAAAAAACUCCUGAGAAGUCUCCAAAUUGUUUGAACGAUGCUUUGCCUAUUCUCAGUAUAGUUCCAUGUGAUGUUCUAUCUCCAACACCAAGUGUUUCACCGAGGGUUAACACUGGCAGUAGGAAGAGUCUUAAGACAACAUCAAUGCUGACUGCCUCCGAAAAGAAUCUCAUAGAAAAUGAGUUGGAUGCCCCACAUGCUCCCUUAGUAAAGCCCUCAAGCAGCACUUGCUUGAAUUAUCAGUCCAAACAAAGUAGAAAUUGUUUCAAGACAACAGAGCAUUUGGCUGCAAGUCUUCAUCGUGGCCUUGAGAUCAUUGGCGCUCAUCAUCAGAGUGCAUCUUUGAGAAAGUCCUCAUUUAGAUUCUCUUACAAGCCUGCUGAACUUAGAGCAAUAUUACCCAUUGCUAAAGUUGAUGUGGGUGUUCAAACUGAUCUAAAUGGCCCUGAACCACUCAAAGAGGGUUCAAUAUAUUUAUGCAGUAAUUGCAAGACAAAAAAUUCUUUGCACGAACUUAAUGAUAGCUCAAAUCUGCAGUUGGUACCUUUUGAUGGGUCACAGUCCAGUGAUAAAUUCAAGGUUCAAGUUCCUAAAGCAGUGGAGAAGGUUUUGGCAGGAGCUAUACGGAGAGAGAUGGCACUGGAAGAUAUGUGUUCCAAGCAAAGCUCGGAAAUUAGGCAACUAAAUCGAUUGAUUCAGCAGUACAAGCAUGAGCGAGAAUGCAAUGCGGUAAUUAGUCAAACACGUGAAGAUAAGAUUGCACGCCUGGAGAGCUUGAUGGAUGGGAUCCUAACAACUGAGGAUUUUGUAGAGGAUGAGGUGCUGUCCCUAACCCAUGAGAACAAGAUUCUGAAAGAGAAAUAUGAAAACCAUCCUGAACUGUUAAGCUCAAAAAUAGAACUUAGUCGUGUUCAAGAUGAGCUGGAACGGUAUCACAACUUCUUUGAUUUGGGUGAGCGAGAAGUUCUAAUGGAGGAGAUUCAGGAUUUGAGAAGCCAACUUCAGUUUUACGUGGACUCUUCAUCUAAGACAUCAAAAAAACAAAGUCCAAUAUUGCAAUUAACAUAUCCAUGUGAGCAAAGUGUGGGAACAACACCCAUUUCUGCCAGUUCAGAACUAUUGGUAGAGGAAACUGCUGAGCAUAAAUUUGAAAGGGAAAGAUUGCAAUGGAGUGAGACAGAGAGUAAGUGGAUCGGUCUCGUGGAAGAAUUGAAGUCAGAACUUGAAGCAAGCAGAAAACUUGCUCUUAAACAAAAGACUGAACUAGAAAUGGAGAAGAAGUGUUCAGAAGAGCUGAAAGAAGCAAUGGAGAUGGCAAUGCAGGGUCAUGCAAGAAUGCUUGAACAAUAUGCCGACCUGGAAGAAAAACAUAUACAGUUGCUCUCUAGGCACAGGAAGAUUCAAGAUGGGAUAGAAGAUGUGAAGAAAGCAGCUGCCAAGGCAGGGGUAAGGGGUGCAGAAUCUAGAUUCAUAAAUGCUCUUGCUGCAGAAAUCUCAGCACUUAAAGUUGAAAGAGAAAAGGAGAGGCGUUUUUUCAGAGACGAAAACAAAGGACUUCAGUCUCAACUAAGGGAUACUGCUGAAGCUGUCGAGGCUGCUGGUGAAUUGCUUGUCCGGCUUAGAGAAGCUGAAGAAGCCGUUGGAGCUGCUGAGAAGCGGGCCACGGGCGCCGAGCAAGAAGCUAGCAAGGCAUACAAACAGAUUGAAAAAAUGAAGAAAAAACACGAGCACGAAAUCAACAAUCUGAAACAAUUGCUUGAAGAAUCUACUCCCACUAGACUGCACAAACAAGGAGAAACUGUCCACGAUUCAAAAGAGACAACGUCACAGAACGACACUGCGGUGGAUCAACGGUGGAAGGAGGAGUUCGAGUCAUUCUAUCAAACGGAGGAGGAGCUCUCUAAGUUACUCCCCUCUUCUUGGUUCACUGGCUAUGAUCGAUGCAACAUAUAAUAGGACUUGAAACAAAAAAAGGAAAAAAGAGGAAGAAAAGAAAAGAAGAGGAAUUGUUGUAUGUACCAAUGGACAAGAACACAUGCAUGCACAACAAAUGGCAGCAGCGCUUGUCAAAUAUGUUUGCUGGCUUGUUGCUUCUUGGUUCUUCACUAACUUGCACUUGUCAAGUGCAUCU